AUUCCAUCCCCACCUGUGAUUCCGUCGGAAUCACAGAGUCAGGGCAUUUCCGAUCACCCUCUCCUUGUUCCAGUAACGUUAUGCAUGCUCCUCUCGUGCCUCAUAUCCUAUAAUACCAAAACCAUAUCGACCCUUGGGACCAUUACUUCAAUUUUUAGUGGGUUCAUCGGAAUUUGGGGAGUCUACGUGAUUCUGUUCGGCAAGUCUUCCUCCACAUCGAAGAUAACAGGAGCAGACAAGAGGACAUCGCGGUUUAUAUUUGGGAACAAGUCCGCAGCCAGUUCAAUCAAGAGACAAUGGAAGAAAGACCACAUGUAA